UGGCCGAUCACCAAGAAGCCAAAUCGUAGGACCCUCGGACACAAGCCAGAGAAAACAUCGAUUAGCAGGUAAAAUGAGUCAAUAUGCUCACGUGCCGAAAUCCGAACUCGACGAGGAGAAGAUAAGAGCCCUGGAAGAACACGAGAUCGCUACUGGGCCCCUAUCAGUCCUUCAAUCUAGUGUCAAAAACCACACCCAGAUCCUAAUCGCUCUUCGCAACAAUCGGAAACUUCUGGCGCGUGUCAAGGCGUUCGAUCGACAUUCAAACAUGGUGCUGGUUAAUGUCAAGGAGAUGUGGACCGAGUUGCCCAAAGGGAAAAACAAAAAACCAGUCAACAAAGAUCGGUUCAUUUCAAAGAUGUUCUUGCGCGGAGAUUCAGUCAUUCUUGUCUUGAGACACAAUGCCUAGGGGACCUUUCUAGACCUCAUCGUCUCGAUCCGCCAGCUGUUUCUUUUUUUUUCCCGAGAUUAGCGAUCCCAAAGUUAGUGGUUCAUUUGCAGGUUUGCAAGUCCGAAUGCUUGCAAUCCGAUCUCAACCUCUGUGCUCUGUAACCAAUUUGUAGUCAUCUCUUGAGCUUAGAAAUAACAAAACAAAACAAAAGAACACGGUGUGGGUGUGA